AUGCAAUUCAAGCUCGCUGCCAUCGCUGCUUUGCUCGUCCCCACCCUCGUUGUUGCCGCUCCUCAGGGUGGUGACCUCUGCAUUACCAACUGCGCCAACGAGGCUGCCGUCGCUGUUGGGUGCAGGGAUGCGACCGAUCUCGUUUGCAUCCUCACCAACGCGAUUCAAUACGCCUUGGUCUACAACCAGUGCGUCCAGAACAACUGCCUCUAA